UUGAAAAAUAACAGUGUAAAACAAAUUUUAAGUUGCUAAACAUUAAUUUGGAAUUACGGGUUUGUGCGGCCAGAUUUGGCUUAAUUCAAAAUGAAAAAAAUUCAAAGAUCAAACAGUAUAAAGGAGGCGAAUGCAAAAUCAGGAAAUCGGUUUGAAAAGGGAAAAAAUCAACCUGUAGAGAUGUCAAGUGCUGUCAUAAAGAAAUAUGAUGAACUUAUAAGAUGCACUAAUGUUUUAACUGAAGGAAUAGAAUCUGAAUUUCUCAGAUUUGUGUCCCAUCAAGACGAAUGCAGAAAAAAAUGGCUAACUGCAGAGGAAGAGAACCAUGAUAUGAAGAAGUACAUGGCAAAAUACAAGGCUGACAAAGACACUCUAGAAGUUAAAUUGAAAAUGGCGAGACACCAACUUGAUGCAGAAAUGAAAAAACGUCUCAAGGCUGAGCAAUCAGUUGACCAUAUGGCACGACAAUUACAACUUAUCAAAGAACUGUUACUGGAUAAAGACAGUGUUAGUCAAUUAAGCAGUGCCGACAAACAAGCUUUGGCACAGUCCAUUCAUCAAUACAAUACAACAUCUCAUUUGCAAGAUUAUGAGGGGAAGUCUGGUCAAGCAGACUUGCUUAAUCAGAGCUAUACCCUAGAUGAAUCUUCGUUUGACCUACCUGCAUCAGAGUAUGAUAAUACAGAAGAUGACAUACUGGAUUAUACUGGAGGAUCAAUUCUUGGAAAUGGUGACAGAAGAAAAUCUCACAAAAGGGGGCGUCCUUCGGCUCCAUUACUUGGACCUGAUGAAACUUCAGAGGACACCGACUAUUCAAAGCGUGUCAGAGUGACUGAAGAAAAUAGAUUGCAGAGUCAUAAUAGAAGAAAGAGAUACUUUCAGGUGCAUAAGACCAUUGAAACACACGUUCAAGUUAAUUCAACUAGUCCUUCAAAAUAUAUGCCACCCACAGAGCGUUUGGAUCGUGACUUCUCUCGUCCUCCAGUGCAAAAAGAUAGGAGGCCACCUACAAGACAACAUCUUAAAGAGUCUGCCAGCUCAAGUGAAGUUACUACUGAUUUUGAAAUGGGUGGUUAUAACAAGGAAAAUGCCUCGACUCCAAGAAGACCAUCAUUUACGCUAACACGUCAUCAACAGCAUACACAACAGCAACAUCACUUACAAGUACAGCAACCCAAAAAAACAAUGACGAAACAAAACACAGUUCCUAAUCUAUAUCCAAGUCUAGAAAGCCUCGGUUCUCCUGCUUCCAAAACAAAGUUCAACACACUAAGCACUCCAAAAUCUGCGAGAAAGGAAUUGGCUCAUAACUUCGUCACCAAGAUUGCAGUGCGAAUGGAGUCUUGUACUCAGUGUGGAAAAAAAUUGCGUUUUGGAAGUUCCGUUGCCAAAUGUAAAGAUUGUAAAGUUGUUUGUCAUCCCGAAUGCAAGGCAAACGUUCCAAUGCCAUGUUUUCCCACUAAAGACACACCUGGUGGAAAGAAAAAGGACGGAACUAUCGAAAUGUAUGUAUCUUCCAACGCUGAUGUGAAAGUACCAACUUUAGUGUCUCGUUGUGUUGAAGAUAUUGAAAGACGCGGACUCAAAGAACUGGGAUUGUAUCGUGUUCCAGGUAUGGACAAAGAUGUUAAAGAAUUAAAAGAAAAAUUUUUAAGGGGAAAGACGCCUGAUUUGGGUAAAUACAGAGACGUACAUGUUAUCUGUGGUUGUCUAAAAGACUUUCUUCGCACUUUAAGCGAACCGCUUGUCACAUAUUAUCUUCACGAAUCAUUUAUGGUUGCUGCUGCGUUCAAUGAUGAAGAUGAUAGCCUAAGUGCUAUGUAUCAGUGUGUUAGUGAGUUACCACAAGCGAACAGAGACACACUAGCAGCUGUUAUAUUGCAUUUACAAAAAGUUAGCCAGUCCACUGAAACACAAAUGGGAAUUACUAACUUGGCUAAAGUUUUUGGCCCGACCUUAGUUGGUCACCGCUCCUCAAAUCCCACACACAUGGAGAUGUUGGAAGAUAUAAAGUCGCAACCCAUUGUUGUGACAAGACUGUUGGAAAUGCCGUGUGAUUACUGGCUGCAGUUUACAGGUAGUGCAACACUACACUCAAAAACGCCACCUUACAAUCCGAAUUACUUUACGCGUACGCCAACAACACCAGAAUGCAAACCAGUGCCUAGUAGUUUGCUCGGUGCACUCGAUGAGAACUCGCAAUCAGUAAGAGCGAAGAAAACCUACAAUGCAAUGACUCCAAAGGUUGUCUCGAAAGAUCCAAAGAGGAGCAGGCAUUUCUUUAACUCGCCAUCGUAGAAGAAUUUGUCAGUGUUUUAAUAAAUAUAUAUAGGCAUUAUGCAACGCUUGACUGGCAGAUGGAUGGAGAACUGAAUAAUAACUGUGCAGUUGUUUCACCAUGUAGGUAGCUGAAGCUGUUAAAACCUAACAAAAUUAGCGUUUUUAAUAGAUAUUUUUAUUAUCAAGCCAAUAUUUAAUAACUGUUAUUUUUUAAUUGUUUCCCUCUUUUAUCUUAUUAUAAAUUAAAAAAGACUCAAGUCUUCAGAACAAGAUAUACACUAACAAAGUAACUUGCCACUAACAAUUGAUUUUUGAAUUUUGAGGAGAUCGUAAUCUCCACGUGUUUGAGUUUACAUGGAUAUUAAUAUCUGUUCCUAUCUCGGUGAACGUUCUUAUUCCGAUAAAAGUAAAGUAAUUUUUCUAGUUAUAAAAUCCUCUCUUAACUAAAUAUUUUGAUUUAUUUUAUUCUUUAAUAUUUCUUUUAUAAACUAUUCCUCAAAAGUCGAUAAUUGAGUCUCACUUCGGUUUUUUAAUCGAGUUAAUAUGAAUUGCGUGUGUUAGUGAUAUUCGGUAUAAUAUUGUAUAAAUUUUUCUUGUACCGAUCAUUCCUAAUAAAUCCACAUUUAGUUUCGCUAAAGGUGUUGUUCUUUUCUUGCGCUAUUUUUUCCUUUCAAGCAUACGAAUGUGGUAUCAAUUGUUUUUUAGUCAGGAAUCUUCGAAAUAGUUUUUAAAAUGUCAGGAGUAGUAGUAAUUUCUCUGAUAGAACAGAGAAAUGUCAAAAAGUUUAGG